AUGCCAUGGUUCCAUCAGCAUGUGCCUGUUAAAUUGAGUGCAGGAUAUCUAUGCCUCCUUCUCGUAUGGAACUUGGCUGCAGGCAUAAAAGGAGAAAAUAAGAAGGAGAAGAGCGUGCCAGUGCUGGCUACUGCAGAGCUGCCUGCCAAAUCCGUUGAUCUGGCUGCGAUUAACCUGACUGAACUAGUGAACGGAAUGUUAAAUACAGCUCUCAAAGGUACCAAAAAAUUCUUCUCUUUGCUGAGCAUUACCUCUUACAGCUCGUUUGCCUUCCACAAAGUUUCGGUCGCCAUUUAUAACAUUUCUAACCUGAAAAAUGUUGACCCCAGCAAGUUCCCUAUGAGGUAUUGCUACUGUUUAAACAACAUGACAAAUGACUUAACAGAUUUUACAGCUUUACUUGUUGAUAUUAUUGGAAACUCCACCAGUUACCUCACAGAAAUUUUCAAAUCAACCUCCAUUGUCUCAGUGAGUCAGAGCAAUGAUUCAGACUGUAUCUAUAUCUGCGUGAUGGCAGGCCGAACAGGCAGAAAUAUGUCUGACUUUUGGGAAAUGAUAGAGAAAUCUCCUGUUAUUAAUUACACAUUUUCCAGUAAUAUGUCUGCGCUCCUGGAUAUAGACUCAAUUCUUCCCAGCUUAAUGACCUUACGAGAAGACCCUGACAAGAUCAUGGACGAGCUCCCUGAAGACAUUUGGACAUUUAAAACGACAAGGAUGCCUUCCUGGGAACAGACUGUUGCAUGGAAAGGAGAUGAAAUCCUCUCUACAAGAUUUCCCAUGUGGCCAAAGACUGUUGGUUUGAAAGGAUCUGGAUUUCCAAUUCUACAGCUGCCCUUGUGGUUACAGACAGAUGCUUCAAAAGGACAUGGCACUACAAGGCCGCCUCCUACUACCAUGGAAAGCUAUGAUAUUUUACCCCAAAUGCAGCCAUCAACGGUUACCUCUUCACCAAUGCCCUCCAUCUCUGCUGAACAAAUGCAGGAUUUGCCGAAACUUCUUCCUCUUUCUACUGAAAUGUAUCCAUUCUGGACACAGCCAGCUUCUCCUGAAGUAACCAAAGUAGCUGUCCAAACGGAGUCGGAUCUGCCUUCAUUAUUGUUGUCUACCCCUGUAUACAAGCCUGAAGUGUUACCAAAACUGCAUACAGCUUCCAGAUGUCCACAGGCAACUCUUAAAGAGCCAUCCAUGAACUCCCCUCCUGUUACCUUUAUGGCUCAAAAGAUCAAUCCUUGCGUGAUGGAGCUGUGCAAAUUUUUCCAGCAGUGCCUUUGUGUCAAUCAAAGAAGAAAUUCAAGAAAAGAAGCCAUGAGGUACUGUAUUGAAUACUAUUCCUGGUUCUUGAAAAAUGCAACUUACGUCUGUGAAAGGGUCAAAAGAAUGGCUUACUCACAAACGUUAAAACAAAAAUGCCUUACAAACAUCUGUAAAUCUGUCUAA